CCUCCCUCUAUCUCAGUUUCAGUGACUGGUUUUAGAAGCGGCAGUUUCUGAGGACCCCUAAACCACCCUGACGACAAACGGAGAAAUGCGCCGUUUAAAAUGGAUUAAUUCUUUACCGGGAACAUCAGCAGUCCAUCCGUGAGCCGUAAAGACAGACAGAAGAGGAACCAGUGGCGUAAAUCUUGUUUAACCGCAGCGUCUGUCUAUCACUGUGAAGUGUGUUUGUUGGGGUAAGAGAGACGUCGAUUAGCUUUAGCGCUGUUAGCUUCGCUGGUGCUUUGCUUCUCUGUCCCGCAGCCGGGCUUUGUGAAAAUCACGCCGCAUUCCCUGCCGCUCCGCCCCGCUCUGCUCUCACGCGCUGCCGAGGCUUCUGCGGCCCUCCAUACGCCUGCUGCUGCCGCUGUGUGCUGCAGGUCAUGAAAAGCUGCUUUUGUCCAAAACGGAAGGACGCAGUGCAUUUUACAAAUUCCUCCAUGAUGCCUGAGGUACGGGACCUUUCAGAUGCCCUACCAGAGAUGCCCAUGGACCCCAUCACCGGCGUAGGGGUUGUGGCCUCAAGAAACAGAGCUCCUACCGGCUAUGAUGUGGUUGCACAGACCACAGAUGGGAUUGACGCAGACUUGUGGAAAGAUGGUCUGUUCAAAUCCAAGGUGACCCGCUAUCUGUGCUUCACCAGGGCAUUUUCCAAAGAGAAUAGUCAUUUAGGAAACGUGCUUGUAGACAUGAAGCUCAUCGACAUCAAGGACACGCUGCCUGUGGGAUUCAUUCCCAUUCAGGAAACCGUGGACACACAAGAGCCGGCGUUCAGGAAGAGGAGGUUAUGCAUUAAGUUCAUCCCGAGAGACUCCACUGAAGCCGCCAUCUGUGACAUCCGCAUUUUAGGACGCUCGAAACAGGCUCCACCACAGUACACCUUCAUAGGAGAGCUGAACAAUAUGGGCAUCUGGUACCGCAUGGGGAAAGUGCCACGGACCCAAGACUCUUCACCUGUACAGAACAACUCCAGCAACAACACCACCAAUAACAUCCAGACGCUCACCAACAACUCCACUCCAGCGCCAGUCUUGCCCAAGCACAUAUCCAUGACGCUGCCCGCAUGUUUCAGAAAAAGCACAACCAGACCAGACUUUGAACACCAGAACUCCAACCUCUAUGCCAUUUCUGCGAUGGAUGGAGUGCCUUUCAUGAUUUCUGAGAAGUUUGCAAGUGCCUCCACUGAUUUGCAGCAGGUGGAUCUAAUGGGCAUCAGAAUUAAAUCACUUGCAGAGAUUGAGAAGGAGUAUGAAUAUAGUUUCCGGACGGAGCACAGUGCUGCGGCGCGUCUGCCACCCAGUCCAACCAGAACAUCUCUGGGCUCCGAGGCCUAACGUUCACAAAAAAAAAACCCUGAUCUGAGCACAGACUCUCUGAGGUCAAAACAGAAACCUGCAACAAGUCUGACGGAGGGGGAACAUAAUAAGAUACUGUUUGCUUCUCUCUGUGAACAAAAUUAACAAGUAUCAUUUGAUGUGGUCAAGUCUCUCUUAAGUUGAUGCUCCUUUUUAUUGUUUGGUAAAGAGCUUCUGAUGCUACCCCGAUCAAACCCAAACCACUACAGUGUCAUCUGAAAGGAUGGAAACAGACUCGAUUUCUGUUAUUAUGCAACAAGUAUUGUGUAUUCAGACUUUUCUGGCUGCUGGAUUGAGAUGCUGUUACUAUUGUGGGUUCUUAUUAAGGGUCGGACUUGGACAAACCCUUAGGAAUUCACAAUUGAGUUCAUGCGUCAAGUGCAUGGAUCAGAAGAGUUCCAUUUGUUUGCUUCUGUUUCAUUUAGAUCGCAGUGACUGCAUGUUUAUUUUUUUUUUCACUUUUUUUUUCUGGAUUGGUUUGGAAAUGGAGCCCAAUUCACUGCACUGUUACAGGACUGAAGCGUUUUAAUGUGUUCGUGUUUUGUCUGGAAAAAGAGAUUCGAACAAAACACUCCGACUCUGAACGAACCCUUGUACAUAUAGACAGUCGAGGAAUCCGGAGCGCGACUUUUUAGCAUUGUGUGUUUUCUGUUUUCGUCUGUGUAAUGUCUGAUCUAUCUCUCCGCUUACCAUUGGUCAAGAUUUACUGAGAUUUUACUUGUUUUCAGUCUCAUGUUAGGAUUUUCAGUGGCGCUCGUGCACUGGUCCGUUUGUGGCUUCCGAAGUUCAUGGUGAUAUUUUUGUGAAUUUAGUUUUUUUUUAUCAUUAUUAACAAGUGAAAAUGUCUGCAGGAUUUAUUUCCCUUCAAAAUAUGAAGAAAAAAUGAGAAAUUAAAAGUAGCAUUGAGAAAACAAAGCUUAUAAACAAUCUCAUUACUGAAAUAAUCAAAUUUUCCACACAGAUUCUCAUUACUGCAAUGCAAAAAGAUCAUUUAUUACUAGUAAAAAUUACAAAAAUGAGAAAUUUAAAUGUGCAUUAAUAAAACAAAAGUUCUUUACAUUUUCAUGACUGAACUAAAUACAUUUUCCUCACAGAUUCUCAUUACUGCAAUGCAAAAAUAUCAUUUAUUACUAGUAAAAAUUACAAAAAUGAGAAAUUAAAUGUGCAUUAAUAAAACAAAACUUAUAUACAUUUUUAUGACUGAACUAAAUACAUUUUCCUCACAGAUUCUCAUUACUGUAAUGCAAAAAUAUCAUUUAUUACUUGUAAAAAAAGAUACAUUUAAAUUUGGAUUAACAUAACAAAGCUUAUAUACAAUCUCAUGACUGAACUAAUCACAUUUUCCACACAGAUACUCAUUACUGUAAUGCAAAAAUGUCAUGUAUUACUAGUAAAAAUGACAAAAUUUUAAAUAAUUAAAUAAGCAUUAAGAAAACAAGACUUAAAUACAUUUUCAUGACUGAACCAAUUAAAUUUUCCACACAGAUACUCAUUAUUGUAAUGCAAAAAUAUCAUUUAUUACUAGUAAAAAAGCAAAAUUUAAAUUAACAUUAAUAAAACAAAACUUAUAUACAUUUUCAUGACUGAAAUAAUCUGAUUUUUCCACACAGAUUCCCAUUACUCUAAUGCAAAAAUAUCAUUUAUUACUAGUACCUAUGACAAAAAUUGAAAUGAAUUAAAAUAAGCAUUAAUAAAACAAAACUUAUACAUUUUCAUGACUGAACCAAUUAAAUUUUCCACACAGAUUCUCAUUAUUGUAAUGCAAAAAUAUCAUUUAUUAUUAGUAAAAGUGACAAAAAUUUUAGAUUGAAAUGUGCAUAAAUAAAACAAAACCUAAUAUACAUUUUCAUGACUGAACUAAAUAAAUUUUCGAUAUAGAUUGUCAUUGCUGUAAUGCAAUAAUAUCAUUUAUUACUAGUAAAAAUGACAAAAAUGAUAAUCCAAAAUGUGCAUUUAAUAAAACAAAACUUAUACAUUUUCAUGAGUGAGUUAAUCAAGUUUUCCACACAGAUACGUAUUACUGUAAUGCAAUAAUUUAUAUUACUAGUUAAAAAUCUAAAUGUAAAUUGGGAUUAAUAAAACAAAGCUUGUAAACAAUCUCACGACUGAAAUAAUCAAAUUUUCCACACAGAUUCUCAUCACUGAUGAUGUGACAAUAAAAGUGAUUUGAUUACUGCAAUGCAAAAAGAUCAUUUAUAACUAGUAAAAAUUACAAAAAUGAGAAAUUUAAAUGUGCAUUAAUAAAACAAAAGUUCUUUACAUUUUCAUGACUGAACUAAAUACAUUUUCCUCACAGAUUCUCAUUACUGUAAUGCAAAAAUAUCAUGUAUUACUAGUAAAAAAAGAUACAUUUAAAUUUGGAUUAAUAUAACAAAGCUUAUAUACAAUCUCAUGACUGAGCUAAUCACAUUUUCCACACAGAUUCUCAUUACUGUAAUGCAAAAAUAUCAUUUAUUACUAGUAAGAAUGACAAAAAUAAUUAAAAUAAGCAUUAAGAAAACAAGACUUAAAUACAUUUUCAUGACUGAACCAAUUAAAUUUUCCACACAGAUACUCAUUAUUGUAAUGCAGAAAUAUCAUUUAUUACUAGUUUAAAAAGCUAAAUUUAAAUUAACAUUAAUAAAACAAAACUUAAAUACAUUAUCAUGACUGAAAUAUUAAGAAUUUUCACACAGAUUCUCAUUACUCUAAUGCAAAAAUAUCAUUUAUUACUAAUAAAAAUGACAAAUAUUUUAGAUUAAAAUAUGCAUUAAUAAAACAAAACUUAUAUACAUUUUCAUGACUGAACUAAUCAUGUUUUCCAACCAGAUUCUCAUUACUGUAAUGCAAAAAUAUCAUUUAUUACUAGUAAAAAUGAGAAUUUAAAAGGAGCAGGAAAAACAGGUCUUGCAUACAUUUUCGUGACUGAAUUAAUUACAUUUCCCUCAGAAAUACUCAUUACUGUAAUGCUACAAUAUCAUUUAUUACUAGUAAAAAUAAUACGAAUGUAAAAUAAAAUUAGCAUUGAGAAAAACUCUUUUUCACACAGAUUCUCAUUACUGUAAUGCUACAAUAUCAUUUAUUACUAGUUAAAUGAGAAAUUAAAAUCAGCAUUCAGAAAACAAAACUUGUAUACAUUUUCAUGACUGAACUAACAUUUUUCACACAGACUCAUUACUGUAAUGCUAACAUAUAUAGUAUUAAGGAUGAAAUCUUACUAGUAAAAAUCAUAAAAAUGAUGAAUUAAAAUUAGCAUUAAGCGAAUAAAAUAUAGAUAUUCAUUACAUCUAGGUUUCACUUUAUUUGAUGUUCCCUUCAAUGCAUUUUGUAGAAUUUAAGUUGCAUUGCAUCUACAUGCCAACCAAUUGCCAUUAGAUUAAAAGUACACUGUUAGUUAGUGUAACUUGACAUGUACUUGCAGAGUUUCUUAUAGUCAGUUAAAUGUCUGUUGAAGGAGCAGCAUCAGCAGAUAUUAAGCAGACAGUCUACUAAUACUCGAAUGAGAAGUAACUGGCAUGUAGUUGCAAUGCAACUUUGUCAACAAAAUGUGCAAUCGGAAGCAUCAAAGUCUUACCGACAGCUAUAAUUAUCCACAUAGAAACCCAUUAUUUUAAUAUGAACAAAUGUGAUUUUUAUUAUAAAUACCAAUUAAAAAAAGAAUGAAAACUACAUUUCUGUAUUUUGUGAUUCACAAGUGUUUAUUUCUGGUUGUGAAUUGCAUUAUGGGAUGUGGAUCCCUGCUCUGUCCACUUUUAAUGUUGAAAGUUCAACUCUACAGUUGAACAAAGUGACUUUUACUGACAUUUUAGUAGUUUGAAAUAAUAUAAUAAAUAAUAUCUAGAGAAAUAAGUCUGUAAAAAAACAGAAAAUGAUUAUUGCUAGGUGUUUGUAACGUUAUAUACAACACAAACCCAGACAACAGAUAACUUUAAACUAAUAAACAUGUUCAUAAAAAACACUAUUCAAGCUUUUUCAAGUUAAAACGUUGUUGGAAGGAAGAUCAAGGUCUAAUAAUCUAUAAAUAAACGAGGAAAGAAAAACAGGAAUUACAAAAUACGGAAAACGGCUAAUUUAGGGAAAUAUUUUGCCGUGUAAUAUUAAUUUGAGGCAUAUUUAAAAUUGUUCUGUCAUUAAAUAGGUAAAAGCAUUGCCAUAUGUUUUAAUUUUAAACUACUGUAAAAAGAUUGACUUUAUUUGAGGGAAUUGUGUUCAAUUACAGUAAUAAGUGACUUGACUGGGGAAAAUAUGUCAGUACAAUAAUAAGUUGGAGUGAAAAUAUUGUUACAAUGCAAGCUUCUUUAUGCCAAAUACAAUUUCUCAUUUCUAUCUUUAUAUUUUCGGGAUGACCUGCACAUUUCGUGACAGCUUUUGUGAGAUCCACCUGAAUAUCCAGAACAAGCUUCAUCGUUAGCUGAUGACUUUUUUUCGUAAACUGUUGAAUCCUUCACACAGUGAACUUUAGAGUCGGCAUUUGUCCACGUGAUUCGCUCCUUGUGCCACUGCGUCUUCUUUCUUAAUAUGGUAAAGAUUAUCGGUGGAAGUACAGUGUUAUUAUUUGCGGGUGUUUCUGCAAAACGCCCUGCUGAAACAGCCAUCUCAGGUGAAAAUGUUCGGUUUGGAAACACCAAGUGUCUGGGUGAUUAAAGAAGUCAAUCCCUUUGUGUGGUUUGACAACUUCACUGUGAGACUUUAAAGGAUAACUCCACUUCUUUGGGGGAAAAUAGGCUCAUUUUAUAGCUCUCCUAGAGUAAACAGUUAAGUUUUAACCAGGUUUUGAAUCCGUUUAGCUGAUCUCUGGGUCUGGCAGGAGCACUUUUAGCUUAGCUUAGCAUAGAUAAUUGAAUUGGAUUAGACCAUUAGCAUCUUGCUAUGAAAAUAACCAAAGACUUGAUGAAUUCCUAUGUAAAGCUUGACUCUUCUGUAGUUACAUCAUGAACUAAGACAGACAGACAAUUAAAUAUGUGCUAUUUUUAUGGUACAGCAGCAAAGUUCAUUGCUUAUUAAGAAAUAAGCAAUGAACUUUGCUGCUGUACCAUAAAAAUAGCACAUUUUAAUUUUUUAUUUAAUAAUGAGAGUAGUUCCUAGACAUACCAGCCUAGAAAACAACAACUUUUCAUUACCUGAUGGUCUUAGUACACAAUGAAACUACAGAAGAGUCAAGGAAAAUGAUCAAAACUCUGGUUGUUUUUGAGUGAGAUGCUAAUGGUCCAAUCCGACUCAAUGAUUUAUGCUAAGCUAAGCUAAAAGUGGUUCCGCCACACCCAGAGAUCAGCUGAAUGGAGUCAAAGAUAACUGUUUACUCUAUGAAAGCUGUAAAAUGAGCCUAUUUUCAAUACAAAAUAGUGGAGUGUUCCUUUAAUCCAACACUCAGAUGGGUUUUAGAUGACUUAUGUUGGGUUAUAAUGCUCAAGCAGCUAUACAGUUACAUGUUUUAACCACUAUUUUGACUUUUAGGAUGUUCUUUUAUCAUUUCAAUUCUGAAAUUAACCACAAAUCUGGUGCAUUUUUUUUUGUUUGUUUGUUUCAAGUCGACAACUUUAUACUGUAAUACAAUUUAAAAUCCAAGAAUAGUUGAGAUUAUCUCACUGUAAAAAGCCAUUAGUUACUUGUAAUAGGUCAGUGAAUCUGUUGCAUUAAAAGCAACAGGUUCACUGUGUUUAAAAUAAAACAAAAGUGUAACUUGGACUUAAGUUGAUUUAAUUCAUUAAAUUACAUGAAUAGUAUACCUAAUAAUACAUUAAAAGCAAUGGGUUUUCUCACUUUAUCCAAAGUAAAUGAGUUUACCUGUCUUUUAUUUUAAGUAAAGUCAACUAAUCUCUUUUUGCAGUGCUGGAAAACCAAUCCUAGGUUUAUCAUUUGAAGGAAAACAGGAACCAAAAUUGUUGUUUACCGUUGUAUGUUAAUUUGGUGUUCAAAAUCACAUGUUGAUAUUGAUUAUUAAAUUAAUUUAACAUAUAAAAAAAUCACACAGAGUAACCCCCUAUAGGAAUGCAUGUGGCAUUUUUCUAUUUUUUAAACAUUAAAAUGAGGAUUUUUCCUAUUUAAAGCUGGACUCUUCUGUAGUUACUUUGUUUAUUAAGACAGACGGAAAUUUCAAAGUUGUUAUUUACUCUCGCUAGAAUGAGAGUCGCAGUAUCAGCCUAGAAAAUAGCACUAUUUUAUUUUCCAACGGUGGCGAGGGUAAAUAACUUCUUUUUAAGAACAAAAUUUCCAGACGGUCUUGGUACACAGUUUAACUACAGAAGAGUCCAACUUUAAAUAGGAAAAUUGUCGAAAAUCUUUGGUGAUUUUUGAAUGAGAUGGUAAUGGUCUAAUCUGAAUCAAUGAUUUAUGCUAAGCUAAGCUAAACGUGGUCCUGCCAGACCCAGAUAUCAGCUGAAUGGAGUCAAAGAUAACUGUUUACUCUAGGAAAGCUAUAAAAUGAGCCUAUUUUCCCCCAAAAUAGUGGAGUGUUCCUUUAAUCCAACACUCAGAUGGGUUUUAGAUGACUUAUGUUGGGUUAUAAUGCUCAAGCAGCUAUACAGUUACAUGUUUUAACCACUAUUUUGACUUUUAGGAUGUUCUUUUAUCAUUUCAAUUCUGAAAUUAACCACAAAUCUGGUGCAUUUUUUAUGUUUGUUUGUUUCAAGUCGACAACUUUAUACUGUAAUAUAAUUUUAAAUCCAAGAAUAGUUGAGAUUGUCUCGCUGUAAAAAGCCAUACGUUGCUUUACUUUUAAUGGGUCAGUGAAUCUGUUGCAUUAAAAGCAUCAGGUUGACUGUGUUUAAAAUAAAACAAAAGUGUAACUUGGACUUAAGUUGAUUUAAUUCAUUAAAUUACAUGAAUAAUAUACCUAAUAAUACAUUAAAAGCAAUGAGUUUUCUCACUUUAUCCAAAGUAAAUGAGUUUACCUGUCUUUUAUUUUAAGUAAAGUCAACUAAUCUCUUUUUGCAGUGCUGGAAAACCAAUCCUAGGUUUAUCAUUUGAAGGAAAACAGGAACCAAAAUUGUUGUUUACCGUUGUAUUUGGUGUUCAAAAUCACAUGUUGAUAUUGAUUAUUAAAUUAAUUUAACAUAUAAAAAAUCACACAGAGUAACCCCCUAUAGGAAUGCAUGUGGCAUUUUUCUAUUUUUUUAAACAUUAAAAUGAGGAUUUUUCCUAUUUAAAGCUGGACUCUUCUGUAGUUACUUUGGUUACUAAGACAGACGGAAAUUUCAAAGUUGUUAUUUACUCUCGCUAGAAUGAGAGUCGCAGUAUCAGCCUAGAAAAUAGCAGCAUUUUAUUUUCCAACGGUGGCGAGGGUAAAUAACUUCUUUUUAAGAACAAAAUUUCCAGGCGGUCUUGGUACACAGUGUAACUACAGAAGAGUCCAACUUUAAAUAGGAAAAUUGUCGAAAAUCUUUGGUGAUUUUUGAAUGAGAUGCUAAUGGUCUAAUCUGAAUCAAUGAUUUAUGCUAAGCUAAGCUAAACGUGGUCCUGCCAGACCCAGAUAUCAGCUGAAUGGAGUCAAAGAUAACUGUUUACUCUAGGAAAGCUAUAAAAUGAGUCUAUUUUCCCCAAAAAUAGUGGAGUGUUCCUUUAAUCCAACACUCAGAUGGGUUUUAGAUGACUUAUGUUGGGUUAUAAUGCUCAAGCAGCUAUACAGUUACAUGUUUUAACCACUAUUUUGACUUUUAGGAUGUUCUUUUAUCAUUUCAAUUCUGAAAUUAACCACAAAUCUGGUGCAUUUUUUUAUGUUUGUUUGUUUCAAGUCGACAACUUUAUACUGUAAUAUAAUUUUAAAUCCAAGAAUAGUUGUGAUUGUCUCGCUGUAAAAAGCCAUACGUUGCUUUACUUUUAAUGGGUCAGUGAAUCUGUUGCAUUAAAAGCAUCAGGUUGACUGUGUUUAAAAUAAAACAAAAGUGUAACUUGGAAUUAAGUUGAUUGUUUUAAUAUUAUUGUUAUGCACAUAUAAUUAUUAUAAUAUACCUAAUAAUACAUUAAAAGCAAUGGGUUUACUCACUUUAUCCAAAGUAAAUGAGUUUACCUGUCUUUUAUUUUAAGUAAAGUCAACUAAUCUCUUUUUGCAGUGCUGGAAAACCAAUCCUAGGUUUAUCAUUUGAAAUAAAACAGGAACCAAAAUUGUUGUUUGACCUCAAUAAUUUGGUUCUCAAAAUCACAUGCAGAUAUUGAUUAUUAAAUUAAUUUAUCAUAAAAACACACAGAGUAACCCCCUAUAUGAAUGCAUGCAGCGUUUUUCUGUUUUAUAAACGUUAAAAUGAGGAUUUAAUUUGCCAUUUGAUUGUGCUCUCUUGUCUAAUUAUUUAAUGAUUUUAUAUGAAGACUAAUUUAAGUGUUUAGGAAUGUAUAGCGAUGUUGUCCCCACAUUUUUUUUGUUGGAAUAGUUGAGUGUGUUUUCCGAACUGGUCACACAGACAAAUACAAUAAAAGACGUUUAGUUAAUGCAACUGCGUGAAUAAACUAAUGUUCGCCCUUUUAUGAACUGUUCAUUGUGUGUCAUGCAGUCGUUGUUUUGCUUCUUGCUGUGUGUUUGUCAUUUGCAUUGUCAGUAGAUUUAAGUUUCUUGCUUAUAUAAAUGUGAAUAGGAGUUUUGA